ACUCUCAUUUGCUAAAUUAAAGAUCACAAUCAUUUUCUAGAUAUGAUUUUUCGCAAAAGAUGCAAUUCCUAGGAAAGGCUUUUAAAAUAUUUUUCCAAUGAAAAAAUACCAUGUUUUUAAAUUUAGCUUGUUCUUUAUUGCACUUCACUGAUAAAAUACUCCCUAAAAUGUAAUUUGGUUUGAUCUGAUUGGUGUGCUCUGAUCUGGGACCUUUGAUCCUGCAUGGCAACAGUGUUGGCUCCUCCUCCGCCACCAUGUGACCUGUGUGAGCCAGUAACAUGCCUCCUGUAUGUAGCCUUCUGUUUACCUUUAGGGAGAACCUGAUCAGUAUCAACGAGCUCAUCACCGUCAUGAGGCAGAUCCAGAACAUUCCAGAGCACAAGCUGCAGAGCAUCGCUGACGCUCUCGACGACAACAAGGACGGGAAGAUCGACAUUGAUGAUGUCAUCAAGUUGGUGGAGUUGAUUGACAAGGAGGACAUUGACAUCAACACCAGCCAGGUAGCAGAAAUCAUGGUGAUGCUGCAGAAGGAGGAGAAGCUGCAAGAGAAGGAGAAGGCCCAGAAGGAGCAGGCUGCUAAGUUAAAUAACUAGCCCACAGAAGAGGCUCUGCUUGGGGGAGGAAACCGCUUCCGAGAUGACCUAACUGGAGCUCAUCUCUGGACCCCAGACCGCCGUAUACCCUGACCCUAAACUGACCCUGACCAGCACCAUGAGCUACCAGCCACCCACUCUAAACAGUUUCUUCCAACAGAAUUAGAGGUUGACUUUUUGUUCAGAAAUUUGUUUCAGAAAGUAUUUUGUGCCCUUAAUGAACAUUAUCUCAACUUAUCCCAAAGUACCCCGAAAUUAUACUCAAACAACAUAGUCUUAGAAACAAAUGAUGUUUCUGGGACCCAAGCUAUCUAUCUAGUGGUAGUACUGGGACCCAAGCUAUCUAGUGGUAGUACUGGGACCCAAGCUAUCUAGUGGUAGUACUGGGAC